UUGAGAGCGCUAAUGGUCCGUGGGAAAACUUUCUAAGAGAUGCUGUAAUCGGUUGAUGAUCAUUGCCCAUUGGUUCACAUCCUGCUACCACCAUUAGUACAGUCGUCUUCGUUGCCGCCCUACAAAUGACUUCAACUUCCAUCCCACUCUUUCGCGAUACGAUAACGAUCAAUGGCAAUCGCACACUGGGACCGUUAAAGAUGCCUUACAGAGCUCGAUGCCUAGAGGCUGACGGUAGUAACCCCUGCCAAUGCCAAUGGUUCACUUCACCUCCCUCUCUCGCGGCAAGCAAGUUUACUUGCACCGGGUGCGGGCAUGGUAUUCACUCGCAUGCCGACUACGUAUCAAAGAUGGUUCAUUUUUGCUCCCCGACUCACUGUGCCGCCUAUGUCCAAGAGACACCUCGCACACAAGCGUGCACCUGUACUGCCAUGCUUGUCAGCCAUAGACCCAUGCAGAACCCUUAUCGCAUCCCUGAGGCUCAGGCUCUGAUGGAGCAGUUAUCAGACCAAGAGGUCGCCAUGCGCAACGCUCAGCUUAGAAAGAGCCAACUUCCCUCCGGCGACGUGGCCAAACCCCUUCCAUCCACCAGCGCUGCUCCUGCUACCGUCGCUACCGCAACUGAUCAACCGGAUGCCACUCAGGUCAAAGCUGAUGUUGAGCUUGAGAAAGAUGCGACCUUCAUCCAGAGUCAGAUGAACGAUUCUGGCUCAGUAAACGGAAGGUCUGGCCAAUACUCCUUGGUGGGAACAUCCGGUCAACAUGAAGAGAGCGACGUUGGAUGCGUGAGACUGCUCGGGCGGCUCUGAAUGUUGAUGUUCAGUACUACAGCUAACCGUCAGUGCACAUGUACACCUAUUAUGCUCAUCGGCAUUUAUCGAUUGGAGGGCCAUGUACACCAUGUCUGCUUCUUGACUGCUACUCUUUAACUUCAUUGUUACCCUUUACCCGACGACUUCCACAUACAACAGUACCAGUCUCAUCUGUAUUGGACCCAUAUUCGUUUGCCUCCAUUACGUUCGUCUUCCUUUCGGUCAUCGCUACUCUUCAGCAGACUUCAUCUUCGAUAGCAAUCCCUCUGCUUUGAUCUGAUUCUGCUGCUUUGAAUUUCUGUUUUCUUCUUCAGUUGUAUCUAUCUGUAUGGUUAACAAAUAGUUUUGAGAUCGGUAC